AUGACUCAUUUCACAGAAAAUACCCUGUAACAAAGCAUUUUUGAAGUGAGGUUUUAUUUUCUGUUGUAGAGCUCUGAUGUUGAUGUCUAAGAGCAGCUUCCAGCCUCCCAAACUAAAAGACAAGAGCAAAUGGUCUGCAGGGUUUCAUAGCUUUGUGAAAAUGUGUUUGAUCAAAAGUCCUCGCAAGAGGCCGACAGCAGAAACUCUUCUCCAGCACCCUUUCGUAACACAGUUACUCACCAGAAAAUUGAUGAUUGAGCUACUGGACAUGGCAAGUAAUCCAGACCUCCAUCAUCCACCCAGUCUUGAAGAGAAUGAAGAAGCAAACGAUACAGCCCCAGAUACAAUCCAGUCUAAAGGGAAACAUAUGCCAGUGGAGAGAAGUUUAUCAGAAGAACAAUUUGACCAGGUCAAGUUUACCCCUCCCAGGAGGAAAGAGACUGAACCCUAUCCUGACCUGGGAUCGUGUGAUGAUUGGAGCCUAUCUGGAGAUGAACCAGAGUCACUGGGUCUUUUGGAAAGUGUGGAGGAGGAGUUACAGCAGAGGAGUUUGACAGUAAAAAGACUCUCACAUUUUGAGUGGAGUAAGAGGAAAAGUGGACUGUUCAGCCCACCACCCAUCUCUGCUACGACAUCACUUCCUCCCAUGAGCUCUUUAGACUCUGAUCUGGAGGACAAGAACCUUACGCUUCGACCUAGUGCUACUCUUUGCCCUGAAACUGUAUUAAGUCCAAAAUCAGUGUUGUUGAGGUGUUCAGGCAGUCAGGAUGUGCGGCACUGGUGCAGCGACCCUUGUGUUCCUGAUCAUAAUGACACACAGGACAAACAGAGGACUCUUACAAGGACUCUCAGCAGAGACACGGCUCUCUCUCCAGAGUGGAGCACCAUGAGGAAGAAAACAGAGGACUCCAGAGCCGAUUCUCAUGGACUUCCUCCCACUCCCCAAGUCUAUAUGGGAGCCUGUUUUACUAAAGUAUUUAACGGAUGUCCACUGACAAUUCACUGUGCAGAAAUAUGGGUUUUGCCCAAAACAAGAGAUCAGUAUUUAAUUCUGGGUGCGGAGGAGGGUGUUUAUAUCCUUAACUUAAAUGAACUGCAUGAAGACACCUUAGAAAAGUUGCUUCCACAGAGAUGCACUUGGCUUUACGUCAUGAACAAUGUCUUAAUGUCCAUCUCUGGUAAGUCAUCUCAUCUCUACUCUCAUAGACUGACAGCUCUGUUUGAGCAGCGAGGGCACUUGCAGAGGAAACAGGGUCACUUGUCCCUCGGCACCAACCGCUUCACAGAACGGAUGAUCCACAGGAAGUUUGCUGUGUCAGUGAAGAUUGCAGACACCAAGGGAUGUCGGAAGUGCAGCGUGGCUCGUAACCCAUACACGGACAGCACGUUCUUAUGCGCUGCAGUUCCCUCUGGCCUUGUGCUACUAUUGUGGUAUGAACCACUGCAGAAGUUCAUGCACCUCAAGCACAUUGCUGUGCCCCUGCCGGACCCAUUGCCCAUCUUUGAGCUGCUGGUGUUAAUGACAGAUGAGCUUCCUCAGCUCUGUGUGGGCGUCCAGGAAAGCCUCCAACAGCAAAACGAACGACAGCUAAAGUUUGACAUCAUCCAUCUGAACGGCACGCCAAACCCUCAGCCAGACAGUGAGACAAUAAGAGCUGUACAAGUGACACAGCUGGACAGAGACACGGUUUUAAUUGCACUGGAAAAAACGGUGAAGAUUGUCAAUAUGCAGGGUGUCCCCAGCAAGGAGUUAGCAUCCAAACUGGAGUUUGACUUCCCUAUUGAGACUUUAGUUUGUUUAGAAGAAAGUGUUUUAGCUUUCUGGAAACAUGGGCUUAAAGGACUUAGUCUGCACAACUGUGAGGUAACACAGGAAAUCACAGACGAAAGCCGAGUGUUCAAAGUUUUAGGCACGCACAGAGACAUUGUUUUGCAAAGCACCCCAACUGAAAUCCCUUCAGCCACUAGCAAUUUAUACAUUUUAACGGGUCACGAGAACAGCUACUGAGGAAAGUCAGAGGACAGAACCUGUAAAUAACAUGCAUGACAACAAGAUGCCAGAAUGCAUGAAAACAGGUAAUACAGAGUUUCAGAGCUGUGCAUCGGCCCUGUGUGUCUGUGUGAACACGGUCCUUCCGUCAAUCUCUCUGGUACACAUUGUGAGGGGACAGAAAGGAAAGCCCAAAGCCUUGUUCUUUUUGUUUGUCCCUCUAAAGGUGUUUUUGCCUUCGUUGUCAAUAAACUCUCAUAUGAAAUAAUCUGGAUUAAAUAAAUGUAUUUACAGUAUAUUAAAACGAUCAUGUGAUCAUUUUGUGAUGGAAGGAUUGUGAUAACUACUAAUAAACUGAUACAGUAAAACCAAACUGUACCAGACGUCUUAAUCGUAUCCUGAUUUAUUUUUAGUAAAGAGAAGGCAAAUAACAGAUGAGCUUGUAUAGGUUUUCAGGACUGUGUGGAAAUAAGAUUAAUUUUAGUUAAUCUUUCUCAGUUAAGUGAUCUGUAUUGUUGGUUAAUUUUUAAUCACUAACUGUAUCAAUCCUCAAGAGGGAGCUAAAGCGU